UCACCGCUCGUUAUUACCGCGUCUUAGUUUACCCGUGAUCAUCAUCUGCCGAUCCAGCACUAAUACUUUCAACUGGAUAACUGAAUUUUGGAAUACGAGAGAAAGCGAAAAACCUGUUUUCAUGUUACAACUGUGUGCACAGUGCUCUUAGUUCGGUUUCAGAUGAAGAGGUCUAUUCGGUCCUAGUUUUAUUAAAAGACUGUAUUUGUUUUAUAAACCAUAAGGAAAAUAAGUUUGAUAGAUUCCACUAUGAAAGAAUCAAUUUCGUCUGUGAAAAGUUUUUAUAAAAAUAAAAACAUUUUUAUAACUGGUGGAACUGGUUUUCUAGGAAUUGCAAUUGUUGAAAAGAUUUUAAGAUCAUGCCCAGAUGUCGGAGGUAUCUACUUGCUAAUGAGACCAAAAAGAGGAAAGCAAAUUGUCGAAAGAUUGAAGGAACUUACAGAAAAUGCGAUAUUCGAAACGCUGUUACAACAAGCUUCUUCUGAAGUAUUUCGCAAGUUACAUGCUAUCGCCGGUGAUGUUGGAGAAGAGAAUUUAGGCUUGUCGCCAGACGAUAGAUUCACGCUUGUGACAACCAUUGAUGUGGUAUUCCAUUCUGCAGCAACAUUGGACUUUCAAGCUACGUUAAGACCCACCGUCCAAAUUAAUUUACUGGGUUCACGAAGGGUGAUGCAGCUUUGCAAGGAAAUGCAAAAACUAAAAUGUAUGGUACACGUUUCCAGUGCUUAUGUAAAUUCGUACCUGAAGGAGACAGACGAAAAACUUUACCCAGCGCCUGAAAACGCAGAAAAGAUAAUUGAUUUAGUGAACACGUUAAGUGAUGAAGCUCUAGACGAAUUAACUAACAGGCUAUUAAAGGAUCAUCCAAAUACCUAUACAUUUACUAAACACCUGGCAGAACAUGAAGUCAACAAGUGUGCGGAAUUAUUUCCUUGCGGUAUUGUCCGACCUAGCAUGAUCACUGGAGCGUGGAAAGAACCUGUGCCUGGAUGGACUAUUUCAAAGAACGGCCCACAAGGCUUUCUUAUGGGGGCAGCUAAGGGUGUAAUAAGACGGCUACCAGUGGGAACUGAGCUUAUAUACGAUUACAUUCCGGUGGAUACUGUUGUUAACCAAAUAUUAGUUACAGGAUGCUAUAUAUCUGACACCAGUUCCAAAGAAGUCGCCAUUUACCAUUGCACGUCAAGCACAUGUAAUCCCUUUCGAUGGAACUCAGUUAAGGACCAAGUCAAUGAAUACCUACAUAAAUACCCACUGAAGUCUGCUAUUUGGUACCCACAUUUGAAGUUUUUGUCAAGCUUAUGGUUGUACAAAAUUUCAGCUAUAUUUGUACAUUUUCUUCCAGCGUAUUUACUUGACUUCGUAUUAAAACUAUCAGGUGGCAGACCUAUGUUGGUGCGAUUACACACAAAUGUUUGGGAGUCUCUUAAUCGACUAGAAAAAUUCAUAUUCAGUGAAUGGAAAUUUAAUAAUAGGAACACGUUGGAGCUCAGCAAUCGUUUGUCUGAGGAGGAUGUGAAUGAUUUCAAUAUAAAUAUAACUACUUUGAAGUGGCCUGAAUAUUUCGUUGCUCUUGCACAAGGAGUGAGACGCUAUCUCAAUAACGAACAUCCCAAAUCAUUAGAGUCGGCUCGAAAAAAAGAUUUUGUACUUUACAUCGUACACGUGGCAUUUCAGUUGUUUCUAUACUUCAUGAUUUGGAUGUUUGCUUCUAGAAUUUUAAGUUUACCUCUUCUAAAUUGUAUUUUCAUAGUUCCUAUAGCGUAUUUUGUGUUACAAUUGUUCUAAGAUAAUGUUUUGUUAUUUGGAUUGGCGAAUCUUUAUGUGAAAUUAGAGUGACAAUUUGAAAUGAGUGGUGACAGGCAGCAAAAUAAAAAAAAAACUUGUGCGGGA